AAUAAAAACCCAAUUAAUCAUCACCCGACUGAAAAACUUUGCCCUAAUUCUUAUUUUUCGUCGUCGUCGUCUUCGUUCUCACCCAUACCGACUGACUGAGAGUUUGAAAAUGGGUAGAAGGAGCUACACACCUUCACCACCAAGGGGUUAUGGAAGAAGAGCCAGGAGUCCUAGUCCCAGGGGUCGAUACGGUAGUCGUGCAACAGAUCUCCCGACUAGUCUUUUAGUUCGUAAUCUUCGCCAUGAUUGUCGGACAGAAGAUCUUCAGAGGCCGUUUGGACAAUUUGGUCCUCUAAAGGACAUUUAUCUGCCAAGGGAUUAUUUUAGCGGAGAACCUCGGGGAUUUGGUUUUGUUCAGUUCGUGGACCCUAAUGAUGCUGCUGAAGCAAAAUAUCAGAUGGAUGGUGAAAUUCUUCUCGGCCGGCAAAUGACCGUUGUUUUUGCUGAAGAGAAUAGGAAGAAACCAUCUGAUAUGAGAAUAAGAGAGCGGAGGAGUGGAAGCAGAUUCAGUGACCGUAGGCAGUCACCACCAUCUCGUUACUCUCGGUCACCACGUUAUUUGCGAUCUCAACCUCCUCGCUAUGCCAGGUCGCCAUCUGGCAGGUGUGAUUACUCUCCACCACCUAGGAGGAGGCAGUACUCGAGGUCUAUUUCACCUCGAGACAGACGGUACAGGCGUGAAAGAUCAUAUUCGCGUGAAAGAUCAUACUCGCGUGAAAGAUCACACUCGCAUUCCCCUGUAAGAGACCGUUCUCCAUCUUAUGAUAGGCCAACUAGGAGCCGGAGACAUAGCCCCAGGGAGGAAAGGUCCCCACCAUACGAUGGGUCAAGGAGUCCUAGCCAUGGUCCCGUAAGAAGUCCCAGUGGUAGCAGAGGCCGAAGCAGAAGUGGUGAACCCGGCAAUUACUAGGUGUCUGCACGCGGGGAUGCUUCUCCUAGCCCAUAAGAUUAGACAAGUGCAUUGCUGAACAUGUUUGUUGGUAUAUUUGUAGCUUGAUUUGAUUGAAUGAAUGAUGAAUGAAUGAUUCUGGUGUUUUUUCCUUGUUACUUUGGCUUUUAGUUGUUUAGAAAUGUUUUGGAUUUCUAUUUA